AGGUCCAGUAAGGAUCAUCUCUUAUUGAUCCAGUGUUACUACAGGAAGAAACCUGAACUAAUUAAACUAACUUUAUUUAUACUGAAUAACUCUAUCAGUUCUAAACUGUUCUUCCUAGAGGUCCAGUAAGGAUCAUCUCUUAUUGAUCCAGUGUUACUACAGGAGGACACCAAAACUAAACUAACUUUAUUUUUUACUGGACAGCUCUAUCAGUUCUGAACUGUUCUCCCUAGAGGUUCAGUGAGGAUCAUCUCUUAUUGAUCCGGUGUUACGACAGGAGGAAACCAAAACUAAACUAACUUUAUUUAUACUAGAUAGCUCUAUCAGUUCUAAACUGUUCUUCCUAGAGGUCCAGUGAGGAUUAUCUCUUAUUGAUCCAGUGUUACUACAGGGGGAAACCAAAACUAAACUAACUUUAUUUAUACUAGAUAGCUCUAUCAGUUCUAAACUAUUCUUCCUAGAGGUCCAGUGAGGAUCAUCUCUUACUGAUCCGGUGUUGCUGUAGAAAUAAAUCUGUACUAUUACCUAACUUUAUUUAUACUGUUGAGUUCUAAGUUUUUAACCAUAAAUAUGAGUUAAUUUACGACGAUUUUUCUCAUUCCAGGAAAGUAUAACAAGAGUGGAUCCAUUCAAGAAUGGGAGCUGUCAUGCUUCAUUAACACUUUCGACGAGAAAUAUUUACAGAAAUUAUUUGAACGGUGCAGCCAAUAAAUAUACCGUAAAGGUAAAAAUUCCUACCUUUAGUUUAAAGUAGACUCAGCUAACUUUAUUUAUUGCGGAUAGUUCUAUUAUAAAGGAGUCCAUUAUUGGCCUUCUCACAGAAUAAUUACAUACAGAGGUCUCACUUCAGGUUAAUUUAUCGUAAGGGAUUUUUUCAGUCCGCUAGAGCGGCCGUCUCCUAAAGAGACUUAAGGCUGUCACUCCCUUGAAAACACAUUGUAAUUUAAUGUUGGGCGAAUGCCUCUCCUUAGAGCACUUGCUAAGGUCAUGGCCGUCAAGAUAUGCGCAGUAAAAGAAACCUUAUUGAUUGAAGCACUUAUUCAAGAAAGAUACAGUUAAAGCUGAUAGGGUUUUUUACGAAUGUUUUCUAAAGCUAAUGGGGUUUUACUAAAGCUGAUAGGGUUUUACUAAAGCUAAUAGGGUUUUACUAAAGCUAAUAGGGUUUUCCUAAAGUUGAUAGGGUUUUACUAAAGCUGAUAUGGUUUUACUAAAGUUGAUAGGGUUUUACUAAAGCUAAUAAGGUUUUACUAAAACUGAUAGGGUUUUACAAAAGCUGAUAGGGUUUUACUAAAGCUGAUAGGGUUUUACUAAAGCUGAUAUGGUUUUACUAAAGUCGAUAGGGUUUUACUAAAGCUAAUAAGGUUUUACUAAAACUGAUAGGGUUUUACAAAAGCUGAUAGGGUUUUACUAAAGCUGAUAGGGUUUUACUAAAGUUGAUAGGGUUUUUGUCGCAUAAGUGAGACGUCUGUAUGUAGUUAAUACUCUGUGGUCUUGUGUUACUAUAUACAGGACAAACCUGGAUUACCUGCUGAAAACCAACCUCGUGUUGGGGGAAAACCUGAUGAGUGGUAUUCAGUCGGGAAAUAUGAUCUUCUCUCCUACAGUGGAGGUGGAUUUUAAUCAUACAACUGCAUAUUGCACCAGAAAUGUAAGGUACAAGAACUAACCAGUGUGUAGUCAACAUAAACAUAAUGGCCAUUCAUUGUUUCACAUAUUUAGGCUUGUUUGGAGUCGUGCUUGGCAAGAGCCCAGUUUAGCAAGUGUAAAUGUUCUGACGCAAAGUACGCUGGCUACGUUGAAAGGUUGUGCAAUGAGCCUGACGAACGUAAGUGUCUUUUAAUUAUCUCUAACAAAGUCUACAAAGACAAGGCUGAGAGUUGACAGUGUACAUUCUGCACUAUCAUGCGAGAAAAUAAUGUGAACUUUCUUUCAUUAUAUGUUGUGGCCUUGUACGCCUAGAACUGAGAAAUGAAUUUGCCUAAAACUGUCCAUGGAACCUGCUUACAACUUGAGUUGUACUGCGCAAAUCAAACACACAACUGACCUGCGACAAAGUAGGCGAGUUAUGUACUUGAUUUACACAGUACAACUCAAGUUAAACCAACCUUAACAUUUUAUAUUUUUAUAGUUACAUGUAUGAAUUCAGUCCGUAGUUCCUUCAAAAACAACAGACUGGGUUGCACUGAACAAUGCCCCCAACCCUGCGAGUAAGUUCAAAAGUGAAUGAGUUUACUAAUUUUAAUAUACUGAUGUGGUUUGUAUUUGAUCUUCAUGAAAUAUACUAAUUAUCUUUCGUAGACAUCAUUCUUAUCGCUACACCAUUAUGACGUCUACUUUGACAACCAAGGCAAAGGUACGGUCCAUUUUUACAGACAAUUGGCUUAUAGAAAAGUUAUAUAGUUCAAUAUUAUCUAAUUCAAGAUCGAAUUAUCUAAUUCAAGACCACCUGACUCGACUAGCCUUGCGGUUAUUUCAGGAGACUUUUGUGGGUUUUUUCCCUCAUAUUCGAUUGUAAUCUAAAAGUACGUAAAUAGAAAAUACUUUUCGUGUUGUUUAGUUUGUGUGCAGAUAUUUACACCUAUAUCCAUUUACAUUCCUUCGCAGGAGACAAAGAAAAAGGACAAAUUCGCUAACAAAAAGGAUCCAAGUUUCGAUUUUGAGUGAGUAUAUAUAUUGUGGGAUGCAUGAGAUGUGUUGAAACCAAAAAUCCUACUUUAUCAGCCAUUAAUGUAAUUUAUCUACUUUAUUCCAGUGAUAACUUUUUACGUGUAAAAAUAUUUUACGAUGAGUUAAAUCUUGAGAAAGUCGUCCAAUCCACGUAUUAUGAUGUAAGUUUUUAUUUGCUAUUUACUCUGUACAGAGGCGUAGCCACAGGGGGAAUGUGGGGGCCGGGUGCCCCCCUCCUCCACCACUUUUUUUCUGAAGGGAAGGAAUAACCUCUUAACGCUAUAUACCAAAUCUCGAAUACCUAGGUCAGGGGCCCUCUUGCCGGGCACAGCCCUUUGGAGUUACGCCACUGGUAUCAACAUUUAUAUGACGUUGUACCAUCUGCUUCCCUGUAACACUUAUUGAAAUUCACCAAAAGAGGAAUGAGUAUAGUUUGUAGUUGUUUCUGUUUAGUUUAAGCUUUUCUUUCCUGGAUUUAAACACAAUUAUGUAAAUGUUUCCAGCUUCAGACGCUUCUUGGUGACAUUGGAGGACAGAUGGGUCUUUGGAUCGGAAUUUCUGUGAUAUCAGUGGCGGAGUUUGGUGAUUUGCUCAUCUCACUUUGCAUUGUGGCGACACGAAAAUCACGAGAUAGAAAAAAGACAAAAACUUCUGAAAUGGAGAUGCAUUAG